AGUUGCUUUCAAUUCUUUGGUCUUUUUGAAGGAAAAUAAAUUUUAAGAAAACUAUAUUUGGACCAAUAAGAAAUUCAAACAAGAUAUUUCGGUUAGUUUUCAGUUCUAUCGUGUUGCCAGAAUAUGUCUUCACAGUUUGAUGUUGAGAAGUGCGGAGGCGAAGGCUCUGAGGCGACCGGUGCUGCUGCUGUCAUUAACUCCUUGACCAGUGAAAUGUGCCUCGAUCUGAAGCCCUCUCCUAAGCAAACCUGCAUUCCAUUGCAUCAGCGUCAUCGGUUGGUAAACUCUGAAACCAGUGUAAAUUCGAAAAAAAUGGACAUUGAUAUGCCGGACAAGUCCUGGUCGGUGUUAUAUAUCGGCGCCAAGAAGGAUAAGCAUUUCGAGUAGUGACUAAACUGUGUGAUGCAUUCGAAACCAACAACAGCACCAAAGUAACUGUAAUUAAGCUAACAUCGGCUCAUCAUAUAGACUGCCAAAUGAUUGUGAUUGACUUGUGCCCCUCCACAACGUUCAGUCACCCAUACUUUAAUAUAUACAAAUUUCCACUUGUGCCAGUGCAUGCUA